GCCAGGCGACGAGGCCGUCUCUGGUCGAGGAUGCCUCUCUUGCCCUCCCGUCCUCUGCAGCUUGUUGUUAGUCGCUUCCGUCCGGCAUUCCCCUUUGCUUCCUGGGUUAGGGUUAGAGAGGAGGGGUGGAGCAUCUCUGCUGCUCCGUAACCAGCCGCUGUGUGAGGCGCUGCCGCCGCCGCCGCCAUCCCCUCCCAGCUCUUCACCAUGUCCAGCAGCAGCAGCACCGUCGUCGUCGCCGCCGUAGCAGCAGCGGCGACCUCCGCGGCAGCCUCCCCGCCCGCGCAGCCCCCUCCACCGCCCCCUCCUCCUCCGCCGCCGCCUCCCCCUCCUCCGCUCCCUGGGACUUCCUCGGGUGCCACCACCGCUGAGCCCGAGCUGGUGUCGCUCAUCCUCAACCGCCUCAAGAGCCAAGGGCUUUUCGACCAGUUCCGUCGCGACUGCUUGGCCGAUGUGGACACCAAGCCUGCAUAUCAGAACUUAAGACAGCGAGUAGACAACUUUGUUUCCAACCAUCUAGCGACACAUACAUGGAGUCCUCACCUGAACAAGAACCAGCUGAGAAAUAAUAUUAGGCAACAAGUUCUCAAAUCUGGAAUGUUAGAAUCUGGAAUUGACAGAAUAAUUUCACAAGUUGUGGAUCCAAAGAUCAACCAUAUAUUCAGACCACAGGUGGAGAAGGCUGUCCAUGAGUUUUUAGCUACAUUAAAUCACAAAGAGGAGGCCAGUCCCAGUACAGCACCAUUUGAGGAGAAACCAGAUGCUUCUAUUACAAUGCAAGGUGUUUCUGCUACCAUCCCAAAUGUGAGUGUGGCUAAUGAUGCCAUGUCCAUUUUGGAAACAAUAACCUCUCUGAACCAAGAAGCGAGUGCAGCCAGGGCUUCCACAGAAGCAACAAACACAAAGACUAGUGACAGAACUUCAAAAAGACUCCCAUCUCAGCAGAGCUUGGAUGGUGGUGUUGAAAGAGAACGAAAUGCUGAAGAUCUGCCAGAUGGAGAGAAACCCACUUGUAUCUCUACAGAAGAAAGCUCUGAAGCAGUGACAAACUCUGAAGAUGUGAAUAACUUUUCUUCAAAUGAAGAAGUUAAAACUGUGUCAAAAGAAGUUAAUGAUCUGGUUAAUUCAAUUAAGGAAGCUGGGCAGGAAAGUGAUGAGCAGAAAAACAAGCUGAUGGACAAAGGUGAUCGAAAACCAGAAAGCUCGGAAAAAGGAGAGAGGAAGAAAGAGAAAAAAGAAAAAUCUGACAAAAAGUUAGAUGUCUUGAAAAAGAGUGAUGAUGUUCUAAAAGCAAGAAAAGAAAAGGUAGCAAAAGACAAAGAGGCAGAAUCAAUAAAACUUUCAGCUCUGGAAAAGAAUAGCAGUAAACACAAAGCAAAUGAAAGUACAAAAGAAGUUCUAGAGGAUUCUGAUGUGGACAUACUCAGUGAUAUCACUGUUAGCUCUGUGCACACCAGUGAUCUUUCUUCCUUUGAAGAAGAGAGCGAAGAAGAAGUUGUGCUAUCUGACAGUACAGAAGAGGGAGAGAUUGUUUCUGAUGAUGAAGAAGAAGAACCCAAUCAAUUGAAAACAAAACCAGAGGCUGGUGAGCCUAAUGAGAAAAAACCAAAAUCUGGUCGACAUGCUUAUGUCCACAAGCCUUAUCUUUAUUCAAAGUACUAUAGUGAUUCUGAUGAUGAGCGGACUGUAGAGCAACGUCGCCAAUCUGUUGCUAGAGAAAAAGAAGAGAGACUGUUAAGGAGGCGGCUUAACAGAGAAAAACUUGAAGAAAAGCGGAAACAAAAGGCGGCAGAAAAAACAAAAACUUUGAAAACUGGAAAUCAAGGCAAAAGCAGUCAAAGCUUGGAAGAGUCUUCAAGCAGAGGCCUUGAACUGAAAGCCAGUGGUGCCAGCAUUAAGGAUGUGCUUAAAGAACAAAGGUUUUUAGAAAAGAAGGUAGCUUUAAGCAGGAAAAGAAAGAGAGAGUCAAGGCAUAAUGAAGAGGGGAAGAAGAAGAAAUUUGAACAACUUGAGGUAGAUCUCUCGGAACUCCAAAAGACAAAUGAAAGUGGUGAAAAGCCCUCCACAAAAGAGGUGAAAGCUAGUCAAGGCAAAAAUGAAGUGAAUAAACUUGCUAGAAGACUUUCAGAGUUGGUGCAUUCAGCUGAUGAAAACAGAGGCGAUUCCAAAGUAGAAAGAGAACACAAAAGAAAAACAUCUACUUCUCUUCAGCUGGAAGGAACACAGCAAGACACUGAACCCAGGGAUCCUAAGUCUCAGUAUGAGAAAGCAGAAGGCAGCCCAGAAGCACCACCUAAGCAAAAACAUGCACUUAAAAAUGAAAAACACAUUAAAAAGGAUGAUUCAGAAACUCAAAACUUUAAAAGUGUACCCAAGAAAGAAGCCAAGUCAUCAAAAGAGAAAAAUGAAAAAGACAGAACUCUAUCUGAAGAUAGAUCAUUAAUGAAGCAUAAAUAUAAAGGUGAUGGCAUUCAUAAAACAAGUGAUGAAACAGAAAAUUUGCCAUCCGAGAAAGGCCUGAAAGGUGAUGAGAAUGUUCAGAAACACAGUCAGCUAACCAAAGCCUUGUCAGAUGACAAAGCUGAAAGGAAGAAUAAGCACAGAAGUGAAAGGAAAACAUCUGUAAACAGCAAAGAUGUAAAAAAUGUUUCUGAACAUGCUUCCAAAAAUGAAGAGAGUUCACGUAAAGAAAACAGAAAAGACAGACAUCUUUCUACAGAAAAAUCAAGAAUGGAACACAAAUCCAAAAGAUUGUCAAGUGAUUCUAGGCCGCAAAAAGAGUUGCAAAGUGGAUCAAAACAACACAGUUCAUCAAGGAGGAGUGAAAGUUACUCAGAAGAUAAGCAUGAUGCAGAAUCAACUAACUCAGAUAACACUAUAAGGCAAAGUGACAGUAUUCACAAAGACAGAAGAAGAUCGAAGAGUGUCUUGGAAGAAAGGCUCUUAUUAAAGUCCAAGUCCAAGAGUCACAGUAAACAAGCCAAAGUACCUGAAAAUGAAUUGCAAGAAAACUCCUCCAGGCAGGAUUCUGAGCAGAAAUCAGACAAAGAUCGGCAUACAGAAGAGAGUGAUCCAGAUAAACAAAGUAAAUCCAAAACUGAAAGUAAAGCUUUUAAAGAAAAUUCCGUAGAGUUAGAGUCUGAAACUGCAGCACAUGCAGUUAGUAGUUCACAAAAAGAUUCUGGUCACAGAGUUAAGUUACAGUCAGGAGAAAAAUCAGCUAUAAAAGAGAAGGGUAAAAAUGAUAAAGAUUUGAGCAGUUCCAGACUGGAGAGGAAAUUGUCGGUAGAAGGUCACAAAAGCAGAAGUUUGAAGCAUAGUAGUAAGGAAAUGAAAAAGAGAGAAGAUGACAACAAAACAGAGGACAAAGGUGUUAGACAGACAGACAGCCAUACAAAGAUGCAAGAAAAUAACCUGUUCCUGGAUAAAAAAUCUAGUAAAAGAUUAGCUGGUGAAAACAGAAAGGGAAGUUCCUCGGCCCAAGAAAUUGACAUGGUAGAGGAAAAAUCACCAGCAGUCACAUCUGUUGCCAGCCAAUUUCCAAGCCUUCAAAAGCCAGUCCGGACUAGUGGGCACACAUUGCAUUCUGAACAAAGCCAAGAGCCAAUGGAGAUUGAAUCAGAACAAAGGCUCAUUAAUAUGCACCACCCAAUAUCUCAAGCUGAAGAAGGUGGCAGUAAUGAUUCACAACAAGACAGUAAAUUCAGAAAUAUUGUCAGAGACCAAACACAUCUUAAUUCCGUGUAUGAGUUAAAUAAAUCUGUACAUUCCAAAGAAACGUCAUCAGAAUCUUCCUCUUCAAGUACUGGUAACCCUGAACAAAAGGCUGAAAAUAUUCACACAAAGGGAGUGGAUGCACCAAGUAAUGCAUUUAAACAAAUUUCCAAGGAUGUGGGAUCCAUUAAACAAGAGCCUUAUCACGUGAUCACUGAUUAUGAGACAAGUGAUCGAAUUUUGCUUGAUGCUUCUCGUAAGGAGAACAAAAAGCUAAAAUUCCAAAGAAUGACUGAGGAUGCUCAAAUGCCAAAGAACUUAAAAAAUAUAUUUGUUGGUCCAAGUGAAGAAAGCAGUCUUCCAACAAAGAAUUCCUCAAAAGAAGAUGAUGUGCAUACAAUAUCUGUGGAUAUGGAUCUUACAGAAUUCACAGACCCUUUGGUUGGUGUAUCCAAAGAAGAAUCUUUGAAUUUAGAUAAGCCUUGUUUCAGAGAUACAAGACAACAAAACACUUCAGACAACAAAACACAUACUGUUAAAAUGGCACAGCAAGAUAGAAUUGUACCCAGCAGUAACAUGAAAGAAGGUGAGAUCACCAGCCUGGACAUUAUAAGUAAAGGUGGCAAAGUACACACAAGUUGUGAACAAGCAACAAAAGAGAACAUGAGUGCUUUAAUAGAAGCUAGUGUGCACGGAAGAGUUGGAAGUGCACUAACUGGCAUUAUACAUAAUGAUAAUCUGAGUGACCCAGCUUGCGUAUUUCGGGAUGUAAAUGCAAACAAAUCUCUCCUAGCCAGUUUGGAGAAAGAGGGAAGAGACAAUCUAGGUGAAGAUUCUUUUGAAAAGCAAAAUGAGGAUGCAAUGGAAUGUAAGGACAAAACAAAGGAAAAUCAUCAUACUAGUGCUGUAAUAGAAUCCUCUUCAGGGUCAGUGGUUGAGAACAUUCCAGAAGAAAUAAGUGAAGUUUCUGCAAGAGUCAGUGAAGGAGGAGGAGGUGGUUUAAGAGAAGUCACUGAAGAUAAAUAUGAAAACAGUGUCGUAGGCAGCAGUUCUGUUAGCAUCAAGCACAACACCAUGGAGACUACUGAAGCCAUUGUUAUAGGAACUAGCACGGAAAGAAGUACUGGGAGCACUGCAACAGCCACUAGUACCAGAGAAGGCCUAGGUGAAGAAGGUACAUCAAUAAAUUUGCAAAGGGAAGGUGAUGCCACCAUUACAUGUUCAGAAGAAAAAAGUGAGCCUGCUUUGAGCUGCACAAGCAUAGAAGCAGAUGAGGGUUUCACUGUGGGCAUCUGGACCAAGAACAAGGAAGAUGCCCAUUCUAUAACCAAAAAGAACUUUGGUGAAUGCACUGUCACAGCAGCUGAAGAAAGUGGUCGUGUUACUGAAGGUCUUGCAGCUUGUGAAAGUUCCUUGACCAGCACAAAAGAAGAAGAAAGUGGUGAAUGUGUUAUGAAUUAUGUUGAUGAAAGUAACAAGCAGUUAAUCAAUGAAAGUGGAGUAGAACUAGAGCAGAGUGUCAAUAGUGUUGAAACGGACGAGAAAGACGAUGCUGUAACCAGCGCAGGCUCUGAAGAAAGGUGUAUGGCUUCCACUUGUGGUGAUACAAGCAACUUGGACAGUGCUGCUACCUGCAUCAGUGAGACAGAAGGUGACGGUGCUGUAACCAGUGCAGGCACUGAAGCUCAGGGUGGAUCUUUGGCUGAAAAUCCAGAUGGAUUUCAAAGUAAUGCAACAGGAACUGAGCAGGUUAAAGCAACUGACGGUGCUGUGACUUGUACAGGUGCAGAAAGACUAAGCGUUGGAUUUGCCAUCUGUUCAGUGACUGGUACGGACUCACAGGAAGAAAGUGCUGUGACUGGCGCAUGUGCCAAAAUGGUAGCCAACAAUAUGGCAACUGGGCCACAUGCUGACAAGAGUGAAGACAUUGUGAAUGGUGAGAGUGCUGUCACCAGCACAGGCAUAACUGCAGAAGAUGACCCUGAAGCUACAGCUGCUUGCACUGGCUUGGAGGACAGCAAUGAAGGUUUUGCAGUUUCUUUAGACGUACAAGAAAAAUAUGAACAUGCCACAGACAGCACAGAAGCCAGAGCUGAAACCAACCUCACUGAAGUAAGUCGAGGUUCCUGUGAUGACGAAGGCUUUGUGACUAGCACAGGUGCAAAAGAAGAUGAUGAGGAAAGCGAAAACUUUGUUACCAGUACAGGAAGAGGCAAUGAAGAAACUGAGCACAUUUUGGCCUGUACGGGAACAGAAGACAGUGAGAGGGUUCUGGUUUGUGUGGGAGCUGCAGCAAGUGGAAGCUCCUCUGUCUGCCUUUCUGCAGGCCAGCUUGGAAUAGAGUUAGCUGUGCUUACCACAAACGCAGUUAAAGGUACCGUUGACAGCAUGAUGAGCUUAGAGAAAGAAGCUAAGAGUAAUGACAUUCACAAUAGCACAAAGGGGGUUGUUGAAAGCAGCACUGCUAGUGUUGGUACAGACGGUGAAAAUGUUAUGGCCUUCAUUGCCGAAAAAGAGGGGAAGUCCACAGUUUCGGAGACAUACGAGUGUGGCGUGAUUAGUGUGACCUCAGAACAAGGUGCCAGUCAGCUCUCUGCUGUGGAAGAGAAGGAUGAGAAUGCUAUAUCUUACUUAGACAGUAUGAAAUGUGAAGGUCUGUUAUUUAGAGCAGCCUUAAAGGAAGUCGCCAUUCCUUCAGCUUCUGCUAAUGAUCAUGAUAAAUGUGAAGGUGAGACAAUCUCUACAAGUGGGGUCGAGCCUGCAGCUGCACAUUGUUCUGCCGAGCACAUUGAACAAACAUCCUCAUUUGCUGCUAGAACAGUUGAGACCUCCGAGAAAGCCACAAGUCCUAUAGGUGCAGAAGACUUCGAGGCCCCUAUGCCUAGCACGGCUGUUGAAUAUACAAACCAGGAUGGAGCAGCUGCUGCAAAACCAAAUAAAGUUUCCACAAGUAUUUCCGAAGACUUUGAGGCCCCUAUGCCAAGCGCCAUGAUGGAAGAUAGUGAGAGUCCAUUUGCUACUGUAAGAGCUGUAGAAAUGACCUCCACCAGCUUGGAAAUGUAUGCCGUUCCCAUGCCCAGUGAGUCCACAGGAGGAGCCGAUGAAAGCCAUCCAGAAGUCUGUAGCAAAGAGGAAAGAGAUGAGUGCACUGUGAUUUCCACAAGCAUUACUGAAGAACCAGAGGCUCCCAUUUCCCAAGUAGGCACUGAAGAUCCCAUUCUGCACUUUGCCUUAAGAUCAGAACAAACUGCUGAUGCAGCUGUGAUUUCAACCAGCACAACAGAACACUUUGAGCCUUCUGUGUUUCCUGCAGAUACACAAGAGGUUGAUCAGGUCUCUGUCACUAGGCCAGAAGGAAGACUUGAGACUUCUGCUAUCUCUACAAGUACAAUCGAAGGAUAUAAUGGCACCAUGCUUGGUGUGUCUGUGCCAGCGGGAAAGAAAGAAAGAGAUGAAGUUUCCACAGAUGCAGCAGAGGAAGGCAAGGAUGUCUAUUCUGAAGAAGCUGUAGUCCAAGGAUGUGAAUUAGUUGUCCAAAGUACAGAAAGAAGCAACCAAAGUGUGACUGUUUUUGUUGGAAAGGAGCGGAAAUAUGAAGCACUUGGACUCAGUGUUGCCAGUGCCAAACCUGGUGUGCAAUUGGUUGCCUUGAGUACAGAGAAUCCAGAGGAAAAGAUCUCUGACAGAAGAUUGGAAGAAUGUGACAGUGUCUCCACCAUUGCUGCCUCAGAAGAAACUUCAUCUGCAUUUGCAAUUAUAGAAGAAGAUGAGAAUAAUGUUGCCAUAUAUGCCAAAGAGUCUGACGACACCACAUCUUCAGCCCCAGAAGAAAGCGAGAAGUCUUCAAAUGUGCUUCAUAGAGAGAGGCGGAUAUCCUAUCCUGAGGAACCUGAGGGUGCUUUGAUGGGAGAAUCAACAUCAAAGAGCACAGAUGAUACCAAAAGCAUAGCAGUGCCUGUAAAUACAAUGAAAUCUGUCAGUGUAGGCGAAAAUCUCUCCACAGAAAUACAUUUGGACUUCUCUGUCAGUGAUGGAUUAUCCUCUGAAUCCUGCAUGCAUGGAAACAGAGCUCAAGAGGGUGGGCUGCACAAUGAAGUUACAUCGAGCCCUUCUAGCAUUCCAGUAGAGCAAGAAAGAGGAAAUGAAAAUGUAGGAACAGAUUAUAUUACUUCUAAACCAGUAUUAAAAACUGACCUUUCUGAAACAAGGGGCUUCCCUGACAAGAAGCACUUGACUUCACUGAGUUCUGUAACAGGAACCAAUUCUGAGGACAGAACACUUGUUGGAGGAACAGAUCUAUGUAGGGAACACAGCUUGGCUGAAACAGAUGCCCAAGUGAAUGAUCAUCAUGAACCUGAAGCUGCUUCUCAAGGGAGUACAGCGUACAAUUCAGACAAUAAAGACAUUCUGCCAGUUGUGACUGAAGAGCUGGAACUAACAACUAAGGUGACAGCUGAUGAGGAUCCUCAGCACAGAAGUCCAGCAAAGGAAGAUCCAUGUGAAGAGUACCAGCCAGAAGAAACUUGUAAAGUCCUUGAAACCACAAGUGCUUUGGUCAUAACAGAUGCAGUAGAAGUCCCAGUUCCUGAAGAAAAUUCACUAGAGGUAGAAAUACCCAAUAGGGAAGAAGAACACUUCAUGCCAGAAAUGACAGACCAUCAUCCAGCUGCUGCAGAUGAUAAAUCAGAUGGCGGUGUGGUGUCUCAGAUUUUGCCAGAAGAAAUUGAACAGAGCCAGUGUGUUGAAUCCAAACCAGAAACUGAUACGAGAGCAACAGCCGGAGAUUUGGGAGAAAUACCUGAAAGUGAUUCUAACAUUCAGAAACCUUCAUCAGAUGCUGUACAAACAAAAGAUGAUAUUGUUGGCAAAGUGGAUAUAUGUGAAAAGCCAGAUCUUAAAUCCAGCUUAAAUCCUGUUGAGGUAAAUCAGCAAAUACCAGUUAAGCGGAAAAGAGGAAGACCUCGUAAACAUCCUAUUGAGACAGUGGCACCGCAGGGUCAAGAUUUAAAAGCUGACACAGGCACUGGGAAUGUGCAGAAGUCUUCAGGUCCUAGCAACAGAGUGAGGAUUACCCCAAAAGUCCAACACCCAUUGAACAAGAAUGAAAAAGACAACAAAGCUGAAGGGAAGGCAGAGGUGGUUUUGCGUCGAAGAGGAAGGAAGCCCAAACGGCCUCGUGUGCCAUCAGAGGAAACAGGAACGGACACACCUAAGCCAGCUAAAAAACGGCAGAAGCUAGCACCUGCAGUUGAAGAGGAAACAAAAGUCCAGGAUGAAAGCAAGGAGAGUGGCGAUAAUGGAGAAGUUGACAGCGAUGAUAACGGUGGUGGUGCUGAUGAGUCACGUUCAGGAGCCACAACUAGGUCAGCCUCAAGACUGGAAGCUCAAAGAAAGCAACCCAGCAAGCCAACUACACGUGCAGCAUCUAAAAACCAAAGUCCAAGUCCAGUGUCUCCUAGAAAUCGCAGAAAGUUAGCUGGGAAAAAACAGCCGCCAACCAGUGCACAGUCAAAUAAAACUCUCCUGGCACAUUCAAAGCUGCAGCCCACCAAGCGUAAAAGGGAAGCCAGUCCUUUGGUGGUACACAAGAGAGGUCAUCAGAGAGGAGAGGAGCCUGAAGCAAAAAAAUCUAAGCGGUAGUUGUACCCCUGACAGAAUGAACGGGGAAGGGGAACAACAAAAAGGCCUCCUCUGCUUCAGUUUGAAAUGAAAGAGCCAAGAGGUUUUGCAUGCGCUUGUUUCCAAGGUAGAACGUAAUAGAUGCAGAACUCUUAUGUUAGAUAUUUUAAACAGCUAUAUAAACUAUUUGUUUAUGCAGAAGAUUAUAUGCAUUGCAGAAGUUUACUUUCUAUCUCAAGCAGAGAUUGUCAAGAGUGACUCGCUGAUGCUUCCAAUCCACUCAUCACCAGUGGCCUCUCAAUCAUAACUUUUGUACAUAAGCCAUGUAUAAAAAAGAAAAGGUUGUAUUUUACUGUGUAUGGAUUUAAUCAACAAGGAACACUAUUUAUUGAACAGCAAGGACUGAUCUGUGAACUUUGUUACAUCAUCUUACGUUAGUCAUUUUAACUGGAUUUUUCAAUGUUGUGCAGCCAUCCUAGCUUUGUGUCAGAGGGGAGAGGGAUUUCCCACCCCCCAACAAAAUCAGCAGAGAUCUCCAAUAUGCCAUCGAGUAACUGGCAAAGUAUUUCCUCGCAUGUAUUCAAGUCAAUUAGAUUAGUAUGAGGAAGAGACCUCAGUUCCUUUCCUCAUCACAUUUGUGGCUUUUUGUAAAGUAAAUUUUAAGGAUGCAUUUGCAGUGUUACGUAAAUGCACCCUAUUCACUUUGAAAUAUAUUCUUUCAUCUGUAAAUUUUCUCCCAGCAUCAAAGUAGCUAGAGCUCAUUGAGGUAGAACUUAGACCCCUUCAGCUGAAACUUUUCUGAAGUGAAAAUGUCUGUCUCAUUUUGAAGCUUUUAAUUGUUCUCCCAUCAGUAUUUCUCCUUUUCAAUUGAAAUAUGCUGAAGUUACAAUAACGCUUGUAGGAUUUAGAGAUUGUCACCAUUUUAUCUUUAUAUACUGGUAUUAAAAGAGAAUUUAGGGCUGGUGCUGCUGCCAGAAUCUUUUAGUAGACUUGCAUUUAGUCUCACAAGAACAAAUCUUCAAGUUCAGUUUCAUGUAAAGCUUUUUUUAUUCUUAUCAAAAUUUGACUCCUGCAAGGAUGUAAUAAGUUGCCAAAUAACCUGAGAUUAUUUUAAAAUGUUCAUAUUCAUACGUUUUAUAACUAAAAUCAGCAUUCUAUGUUUUUCUAAUUGUUUAUGUUUUUGUUUUGUUUGGGGACUUUUAUUGUUGUAAUGUGGAUUUUUCUGUCAAAUAUUCUACUUUGUUUCUUACUGAAUUUUUAUAUAUAAAUUAUAAAAUGUUUCCAAAACUA